CACCUAUCUGGUUUUCAUUCAGCAGCUGUGCAGCAGUCAUCCAAGGGAAAAAGCAGGGCUGUUUUGGCUGCUACUGCUCUAAAUCAUAUGCAGAGGCUGCAGACACGGAGACGUCUGCUGGACUGGGAAAGGGACCUGCUUUAUCUGAAGUUGGAAUUAAAAUUUGGGGCACAGAAAGUCUGACAAAAUGGUCAUUCGGACACAGUGUCUGCUUAUUUUACUGACAUUUCUAAAACUUUUCUGUACUGUAGAUGCCCAGGGAAUUGUCUAUGAUCUCCUGGUGUCUGCAGAAUGUUUGCCCGAUCUCCUGCAAGGUGGACUAAAGGCUAAGAAUGUGAACGACGUUUUCAUCCUGACCACCUUCCACCUCCAGAGCCAAGCUCCAACACGUGCUUUUCGCAUUUACAACCCUACAGAUAACAGCGAUUAUUUUGAUUUCAAUAUGAACGGGAAAAUCAACAAAGUGACUCUGAGGUAUCUGAAAAGCAAUGGAAAGAUGGGAACUGCCAGCUUCCUUAACGUGCCGCUGGCAGAUGGCCAUCCCCACAACGUCAUGCUGCAUUUCAGCGGGCUGACACACGGCACGCCCAGCAUGGCCCUGUAUGUGGACUGCAGGCUGGUGCAAAUAGUGGAGGACUUACCGGCAGCCUUUAAGACGCUGCCUUCUGGCCCCAAUAAAGUGGCACUAAAAAUCAUGCCCACUACAGCACAGGACAUCGUGUCAGACCUUAAGCUGGUGCUGGGCGAGUCUGUAGAGAAUGUGGCGGAGCUUCAGGACUGCACUCUUCAGCAUGGUGAAUCACUCGGACUGACAUCAAAGCUGGAGGCGGGCCCCGUGCUUGAACUUGUAAGGAUGGUGCAGGAGCUGAAGGAGAAGAUGGACCAGCAGAUCCGGGAAACCGCCAAUAUGAGGAAAAUAAUUAUGGAGUGUGUUCCAUGUGAUGGAGCGAAGGAAAAAACGGACACUGCAGCCAAGUGCGGGCCAGGAGUUUGCUUCCAGCAGAGCAUGUGCAUCGAGACGGAGCGAGGUUUCCAGUGUGCGCCAUGUCCUGAGGGCUACACUGGAGAUGGAGUUCACUGUGCUGAUGUGAAUGAGUGUCAGUUUAACCCGUGCUUCCCCGGCGUGCGCUGCAUGAACACCGCUCCAGGCUUCAGGUGCCAGAGCUGCCCCAGAGGCUAUAGUGGGGCGGAGCUGCAGGGGGUGGGCCUCACUUUUGCCAAAACACACAAGCAGGUGUGCAAUGACAUUGAUGAAUGCCAGGGUUUGGACAACGGAGGCUGCACUCCAAACUCCUACUGCCACAACACCGUGGGCUCCUUCCGCUGUGGAGAUUGUAAGCCUGGUUAUACUGGAGACCAAAUCAGAGGCUGCAGGUCGUCUGGAGAUGGUUCUGGUUCUGAUACUGGAACAGGGUCUGGCUCUGGCUCUGGCUCUGGCUCUGGCUCUGGCUCUGGUUCUGGCUCUGGCUCGGGUACUGCUAUUUCUGCUGCUCUCUCCAGCAGACAGUGUGGGAACGGCCAGACGAACCCCUGCGAUGUGAAUGCAGAGUGUGUGGUAGAGAGAGAUGGAAGCAUCAGCUGUGUGUGCAACAUUGGCUGGGCAGGAAAUGGCUAUGUGUGUGGGAAGGACACAGACAUUGAUGCUCAUCCUGACAGGACUCUUCAGUGCCAGGAUGCAAACUGCAAAAAGGACAACUGCAUGUUCGUGCCUAAUUCCGGUCAGGAAGACGCAGAUAACGAUGGGAUUGGUGACACCUGUGAUGAAGAUGCAGACAGUGAUGGUAUCCUCAAUGAGAAGGACAACUGCUGGUUGGUUAAGAAUGUAGACCAGAAGAACAGUGACGGGGACCUUAAUGGUGACGCAUGCGACAACUGCAUUAAUGUGGACAACUCGGAUCAACGGGACACGGAUAAUGACGGUUUGGGAGAUGCUUGUGAUGAUGACAUGGAUGGUGACGGUCUGAAGAAUAUUCUCGAUAAUUGCCAGAGAGUUCCCAACACUGACCAGCUGGACAAAGAUAACGAUGGUGUGGGCGAUGCUUGUGACAGCUGCCCUGAAGUGCCCAAUCCCAACCAGUCUGAUGUUGACAAUGACCUUGUAGGAGACACAUGUGAUACGAACAUAGACAGUGAUGGAGAUGGACACCAGAAUACAAAAGACAACUGCCCCACUAUCAUCAACAGCUCACAGCUGGAUACAGAUAAGGACGGGCUCGGGGACGAGUGUGACGAUGACGACGAUAACGAUGGAAUCCUAGAUGAACAAGACAACUGCAGACUAGUGCCCAAUAAAGACCAGGCAGACGAAAACAAUGAUGGAGUGGGUGAUGCCUGCACUGGAGAUUUCGACCUGGAUCAUGUGAUCGACAGGAUUGACACCUGCCCUGAGAACGCAGAGGUAACUCUGACAGACUUCAGAGCUUAUCAGACUGUAGUGCUGGACCCGGAGGGGGAGGCUCAGAUUGACCCCAACUGGGUCGUCCUCAAUCAGGGCAUGGAGAUCAUUCAGACCAUGAACAGCGACCCGGGACUGGCAGUGGGUUAUACAGCCUUCAGCGGGGUCGACUUUGAAGGUACCUUCCAUGUGAACACGGUGACUGACGAUGACUACGCCGGCUUCAUCUUCGGCUACCAGGACUCGUCCAGCUUCUACGUGGUGAUGUGGAAGCAGACGGAGCAGACCUACUGGCAGGCCGUGCCCUUCAGAGCCGUGGCCGAGCCUGGCAUUCAACUCAAGGCUGUAAAGUCCAAGACCGGGCCGGGGGAGUUCCUGAGGAAUUCUCUGUGGCACACUGGGGACACCAAGGAGCAGGUGCGUCUGCUGUGGAAAGACCCUCGGAACGUGGGCUGGAAGGACAAGGUCUCGUACCGCUGGAACCUGCAGCACCGGCCACAAGUGGGAUACAUCAGGGUUCGUUUCUAUGAAGGCACCAGCCUCGUUGCAGACUCUGGAGUGGUGAUUGACACCAGUAUGAGGGGAGGCCGCCUGGGGGUCUUCUGCUUCUCACAGGAAAACAUCAUCUGGUCCAAUCUGAGAUAUCGCUGUAACGACACAAUCCCAGAAGACUACGAGGAGUACAGAGCCCAGCACCUCUCCAGCUAAGAGGACAGAACUGCACAGUAACUUUAAGAGGCACUCCAAACACACGUUCUAGCACGGCUAAUAAUGAGAGAAAGCUAGUCUGCUGAUGUUGCUUAUUGUAAAUGAUUUGUGUAACGUUUCCUUCACUGUUGGCCAUGUUAGCAUUUUUUUGGCCAAGCAUUAAGCAGCUUUAAGCAGCCUGCAAGAAAGUAAGUGUUUUGAGUUUUGUUGAAUGUCUAAGGCAGAAUUUUGCUCAGUUGAGCAGAUGCUUUGCUCUUCUUCUAAAUAUUGCAAAACUUUAUCCAUUUCAUGCACAACACCAUAAGCACACCUGCUCUCUCUUUUAAAAUAUGUAAGGAAAGUGACUGAAUAUGACUUUGUGGAUCAGGGAGCUGCAAAAAAAAAAAAGAGAAAUAUCUGGAGUUGUAUGUUAAAGAAAAAGUAUGUAAAGGGGUCUUUGAAAAAUAAAUGAAA